AUGCCGGUUGAUCCGGAUGGACAAAAUGGUCUUCUAGACGUCUUAAAGUUCUAUGAAGAUGGAAACCCCGAAGUGAAACUGUUAUUAGAAAACGAGUGUAAUGUUUUAUAUGAAUGCCGGUGAGUAUAUUGAGAUAUAACGGGAUUUCAUUUAUAUAGCUAGUAAUUAUUAUCAUCAUUUUACUGGGAUCUUUUCUUUUAGGGUUUGUCAAAAAGUUUUCCGGACGAUCAUUUCACUUGUAUCCCACAAACGAACAGUAUGCAAGGACGCCUUUAACAAUGAGGAAUUAAUCGAGAAAAACGAAUUCCUGAAUAAAUUGCAAGCAGAACUUAAAAAGUCACGGGAUGGAAAGUUCGGUAAUUUUAAUGGAACUUAAAGAAAUUUUUGUUUAGAAAUAUCGAGCUUUUGCCGGCAGGGACGUACAAACUUGUUAGCAGUAUUAGCUGAACGUCGGGAAUAUUUGGGUACGGGGACUUUUGGAUAUCCUUCCAAGUCGAUCCCUUUGUCCACCAUCCAGUCCGGAUACCAGAAGAUUGAGCAUUCCAGUACUUCAGACAAAGUUGUGGUAGUGAUUCCACAAGAUAGCUCCAGUUCGUAUGGUGAGAUGAGGUUGCGAAAGCGAAGGGUUGAUGAGAGGUACGCCGAGUUGUAUCCAGAACAGGUAUGCCGUCUCUUUUCAUCAUUUCUGUUUAGGUUGAUCUUUUGAAAAAGAUUCCGGAGGAGAUUUUGGCUUUUGCUGAUGUUAAUUCCUUAUCCUGUAAAAGUGUUAGGUGCAAAGGAAUGAGAUCUUUCGACGAUUUUGAGAUUUUGACUUAUCAUUUAUGUUUAUCUCAUCAGCCACGGAAUUUGGAAACAACGCCGUUGUGUUACUUUUGCGAGAAGAAGUUUACAAGGUAAACAUGGAUUUGGCGACGAAAUAUUUUUUUAGUUUCACUCGACUCAAGAAUCAUUUGAAGACUUAUCAUGGGCAGAUCCGAAUACGGCACUACGAUAAUCGAAGUCGGGCCCCACAGAGAAACAAAAAGGUGAUAUACAUUUACUUUACGUGGUUGCAUCCUGUAACUGGUUUAUGUCAUUUUGUUGUAGAGGGCCGAACGAUCAAGCAUUAGUCCUGAAAGUCUCGCGAUAUCAGAUACAAAUGAGAAGCUAAAUGCUAUUCUGGAUUCAAUGUCCGAGGAAGUUACCCCUGAAACCUCAACUAACUCAUCUCCUGUUAAGCCGAAAUUAACGAAGAAGUUGACCCCGAAGAAGAAAAUUGUUAAGAGUCCAACAAAAAAAGUUAUCGAAUCGCUCGACGAACAGAUUUCUGUUAUUGUAGCUAACGCGGUUAGCCGAUCUCAACAAGAAAAUAUCGAGGAAGAUGAGAUUGACAGUCAACUUAACAUUUCUAGCAAGGUAUGGUUAUUUUGAUUUGGGUUUGUUGUAUUUUUUUGUUAUCAGUCUUCAAGGAAAAUUAUGUGGAUUUGUCGCAGAAAAAUUUCGCCGAAAUCUUAAUAAACCUCCAGCCGAGGAUAGCCAUCGCAAAGUUAUGAUGAGCGAUUUCAAGGCGCGGCGGAUCCACAUUAUUUUCUCGACAGGCUAAUGGUAUGGUAAAUUUGAUGUCAAGUUUGUGAUUAAAAUUUUAGAAAAAGAAAACGGCCCCGAAAACUUUCCGUUCGGCCUUUUUCGAUUCUUCCGAGGCAACAAAGAGACAGCCGUCUAUGGAGAAUGAUGACAGUAAUGACGUCCCAGUCACUCUGAUCGCCGGUAGGGAACCCAGAGCUCGAUUGGUGAACCGCAGAUUUGUUCAAGAUUAUGUGUUGCCAAAGAAGUUUAAGCCUGUGAAUAUGGAUGAAGAUGAGAGUUAUCAGAGCCUUCAGAACUCAAGAGAAUCCGUACGUAGUUUUUAACUCUGUAGAAUGCGUUUUAGUCGCUUUCCAAGAAGAGUAGAGCUAAGCCGAAGAAAAUACCCCGGGCCCAAUCAAAUCCUGCCAGUGAUCUUCCGGAUCUUGCAACCCUGAUGAAAGAGGAGCCAGUGUCCGAUCCAGCCAGCCCAGUGGCUCUUAGCGAAUUUAUUUUGCCUACUACAUCCUCGGAAGCAAAUGCUGGCGUGCCUACUCACCGACAUCAGAAGACUAUGGAAGUUGAGUUUGGUCGAAAUGAUCCGUUUACUGGGAAACCGAGGUCGAAUUUGGGAUCAGCCAAUAAUUCCCCUCUCAAAACAUUUUUCCCUUCGGCUUUGGUUGGGGAAAGACAGGAAACAGACAUUUUGAAUACACCUACCAAGAACCAGGGGGAAGGUGUCCCAUCGGCUACCAAAGAUACCAGAGGAGAGGCCGCCUCGAGAAGGAAGCAGAACUAUGCUGCAAUUAGAGAUGAAGGGGCAGGAGAUGAUGUCAAGGUAACUUAACAUGCAUAGUAUACCUUCGAUUCGUUUAGUUGAUUCAAGUCCCUGGAGAGAAUCCUUGUAGGCCAGAUGAUCUUCUCAGCCUUCCAGUGAUGUUAUCCCAGAAUCAGCGGAAAAUGUUCUUUGGUCCAUUAAAGCCAUUGUUUAGUGAAAAAGAGGCGAAACAAGGAAGAGAUGGGCUCCAUCAAUGUGCUGAAUGUGGUCAGACUUGUCGGAAUUUAGCUGUAAGGGUGCAUACAUGAAGAGUUUGAUUCUUGUCGCUUUGUGAAAUCGUUAUGAAUUUCAGGAGGGGCAGAAACACAUGAUCGGGCAUAUAAGGGCGAUUCGUCUCAAAUGCUCCUUGUGUGAUGUCGGGGCCUUCUUUUGUGCGGAUAUACGAAAGCAUCUUAUGUAUAGAUAUUGCGAGAACAUCCAUCUAGCCCCGAGAGAAAUGGUCCAAUCAGGUACUCCUUGUAUGAAUGCCCAAACUGUAAGUUGAGUCUUUGAAAAAUAUUAAAGGGUGUCCACUUGAGGCUGACGUCCUAUUUCUUUGGAUUUCUCCGCGGAGACUCCGCGGAUUUUCCUAAAAUUUAGAUUUUUCUGGGGCUGAGGUUUGCCAUUUUCAACCGAUUAAAUUUUUUUAAAAAAUUAAAGUUUACUAACAUAAUUAUUUAAAAUAAAACUUUGGGAAGGCACAGAGGGAUCAAUCAAAACAUUUUUUGCAAAUUUAAUCUGUUGAAAAUUGCAAAUCUCAGCUUCGGAAGAAUCUAAAUUUUAGGAAAAUCGGCGGGGUCUACGCGAAGAAAUCCAAAGAAAGAGGACGCCAGCUUCGAGUGGCCCAUACUAUGUAAUACAUUUCUAGGCGGACAAACUUAUCAAGAUCGCCGAUCCAAGCAACCCGGGCAGGGCAGUUUACACUUCGGGGAAGGUAAGAGAUAAUAAUUAUGAAUAAUUUAACCAAUUCUUUCCAGAUUAUCACAAGCGAAUCACCGAUUCCAUAUUUCCCCGAUCCCAAGAUCGAGAAUAUUCUUCUGGGGAGUGUGAAACCGACGAUGAGGCCACUGUCCGCCAAGAAGAUAUCCAUCGUUCGCAAAAUGAAUCCUCACAAGUCUUCGCAAGAAUCAAGACAUCCAUCCACUUCAGGAGUGACUUCGAGCAAUAUGUCGGCUGUUGAGAUUCAUCCGUCUUCACCUAGACAGACGACCUAUUCUGCUGAUUCUAAAUCAAUGUCGCUGGCUAUUGCGACAUUUCCGACCAAUGAAAUCCCCAUGACUUUAAGACUGGGGAGGAAUACGCCGAUCCGGCCAACGUAA